AUGGAGAUCCUGGGAGUGAUCGACGAGGGAACGCUAACUGAGAAUGGCUUCUACCAAACCAUCGAUUCCUGCCGCAACAUGAUCAAGGAUCAAUUCUGCCAGCCUAUAGCGUCCAUCCGGCAGCUCAUCGAGGAGGACCCAGACUCUCGGCUGACUUACAGUGGAAUGAAGACCUUUGUCAAGAUCGAUUUGGAGAACACGUCUUUGUGCAAGCACGCCGCUAGCCGGAAAGAAUAUAUUAAGGAUAUGUCGAACUUGGCUCUUCAUAUGAUGGCUCGGUCUGAGGGAUUUGGUCACCUCAUUCGUGCUGUGAUGCCAAAUCACAUCCGACUGUCCAUUCAUCCUUCUUACGGAACCGCCAAGCUGUCCAUCUGCCUAGUGCCACAGCUCCCUGGAUGCCAGGCGCGGGCGCCGUGGAUGAGCUGUAUUGCCGUCGACCGGAACGGUGCGAAUCACACGGCUCAUGUAAAAGAUGUUCGGCUCACUCACCAACUUAUCUAUCGAAAUGAGCUGCCGUGGCUGUAUACUGAACGUGAAGCACCGGGGUUGCCAGAUUUCAUCCUUGCAAGAAACCAAUUAUUUGAUGAUAUGUGGGUUCAAUAUGUCAAGGAACUGGAAAGCAAGCCUCGCACGGAGAUUACAGUGACUGUGAGCAUUGGCAAAAGAUCUCCCUUGGUCGUCAAUGCAACUUCGUGGCUGUCCACGCCUGCAUCGCUGCUGUCUCAUUUUCCGGAAGACUGUCGCAGCAAGGUUGUUGUUGCCAAGGUAGACGGACACAAACUAUGGGACCUCAGUCGGCCCUUAGAAAGGGACUGCAUCGUGGCGCUUUUGCUCUUUGACCACUCGGAAGGUCGGCAGACGUUCUGGCGCUCGUGUGCCAGCUGCCUGGCAGAGGUUUGUGAGCAAGAGUUUCAUUGUCUCCUUGCUGAAAACACACCCACUGCUCAAGGUUUCUUCUGCGAUAUGGAUAUCCCCGGAGAACGCGCUGUAACCAAUGUCGACCGAGAGUUGCUGAACAAGAGAAUCAGCCAAAUAGCCCAGGAAGGACGAGGUUUUGACCGACUGGAAGUUUCCAAAGAAAUACUCCAGCGGAUGUUUUCCUACAACAGAUACAAACUUCAUGCCAUUAACCAGCUGGUUGAAGGAGAGACAGCCAUUGUAUACCGUUCUGGGACUUUGGUAGACAUCUCUUGUGGCCCGCAUAUCCCAGAGAUGGCCAUGAUCAAGGCCUUUAAGGCCACCCAGAGCUCCUCUGCCUAUUUUCUGGGUCACCAAAAUCAGGAUUCACUACAGCGCAUUAGCGGUAUUGCUUUCCCGGAAAAGAGUCUCUUGCAGGAACACCUCAAAUUCCUGGAAGAAGCGCGAAAUGGUCACCACUUGAAGAUUGGCAAAAAGCAGGAAUUAUUUUUAUUUCAUGAACUUUCACCCGGGUCCCCCUUCCUACUUCCACGAGGUGUAAGGGUAUUCAACGCACUACAGAAACUCCUGCGAACAGAAUACCACCUGCGAGGAUACGACGAGGUGCAGACUCCGAACAUGUACGAUGCCAGCUUAUGGAAAACCUCUGGUCACUGGGCACACUACAAGGAAGAUAUGUUCCGGAUCAACCUGGGACGCAGAGAAUGGGCUCUCAAACCUAUGAAUUGCCCUGGGCACUUUUUGCUGUAUACACAUAAGGAUCGCAGCUACCGCGAGUUACCUCUUCGGGUCGCUGAUUUUGGCGUCUUACAUCGCAACGAGGCCUCAGGGGCGCUUCACGGCUUAACUCGCGUGAGGAAGUUCCAGCAGGAUGACGGUCAUAUCAUCUGCCGACUAGACCAGAUAACGUCUGAGAUUGAAGGCAUCUUUGAUUUUCUGAAGCACGUCUAUGACCUCUUUGGUUUCACAUUUAACUUGACGCUGUCUACUCGACCACCCAAGUACCUAGGAGACAUCGACACCUGGAACGAAGCCGAAGAACAACUUCGCAAAGCUCUAACCCGUUUCAAGGGAAAUGACUGGACCGUUAACCCAGGCGACGGAGCGUUCUAUGGACCGAAGAUUGACAUCACGAUAGCUGACGCACUUCAGCGCCAGUUACAGUGUGCCACCAUCCAGCUGGACUACCAGGCAGCCAUGAAUUUUCAAAUGAGUUAUGCCACCGACAAAGGGGGCCGCGCUGAUCGCCCAGUCGUCAUCCAUCGGGCAAUCAUUGGAAGUUUCGAGCGUUUUAUUGGGAUUCUCAUUGAGCAUUUCGCUGGCAAAUGGCCUUUCUGGAUUAGUCCGCGUCAGAUCCUCAUUUUACCGGUGACUAGUGCGCAGAAUCGUUAUGCGGAAGAGCUACAGCGUAUUCUACGCGCGGACAAACUACAUGUUGACAUAGAUGUUCGAGGCCACACGUUGAAUAAGAAGAUCCGCUGCGGACAAGAGGAACAGUACAAUUUUAUCUUUGGUGAUGCGAUCUUUGUUGUCAAAUUCGGUUGCUUACUACCGGCAGUCGUCGGCGCUGAAGAGCAGCGAACCCGAACGGUUAACGUUCGCAACCGCGAUGAACGCCAGUCGCAAGUCAGGGGGGCACUGAUUCCUCUAGAUGAGGUUCGAGUCAGGUUGAAAUCAUUAAAAAAAAACCGGAGGCUCGCCAAUAUUCUAUAG